AAUUCUGUGUGUUUUAAGGCUGAAGAUGCUGAAGGAGACCUGGAGGAUGAGGAUGAUGAAGACAUGCUGCUGCCGCCCCGCAGGCGUCCACACGGCCAGGACGAUGAGGAUGAGCAGAGACAACAUGGCCGAUCUAACCACCCGGCUCAGUCCAGUGUGCUGUAUCAGGACCUGCUCAUGUCUGACGGAGAGGAUGACGCCAGCGAAGAGGAAGGAGACAACCCUUUCUCCUCCAUACAGCUGUCAGAGAGUGGCAGCGACUCUGACAGGGAGGUCGUCGUACGACCCCUGCCUCCUCGGAGGGCUCAGGAGACGGCCCGGAUGGGCAUGGAGCAGGAUGAGAGCAUGAUGUCGUACGAAGGGGAGGGGAACGAACAUAUGGAGGACAGCAACAUCAGUUACGGCAGCUACGAGGAGACGGAGAGUCAGAGUCAGAUGCCGCCUUCUAGCAUGGGAAAUGGCGAAGAAUACGGCAUCAGCGAGGAGGAGGAAGAUGAAGAAGAUGAAGCACGGAGGAGAGGUCCAGCUGUGCUCUCCCAGGUCCAGCUAAGUGAAGACGAAGAGAGCGAAGAGUUCAGGUCCAUCGGAGGAGACAGCGACAUGGACUCCGACGUCUAAGCUUACUUUCUUUGUGUGUGUCUGUGCAGGACCCAUAAAGGUGGCCGUAAUCCCACGUUUACGAUAGUAGACAGUAAAUAUGUAUAUUCUGUAUUUUGUAAAUGAUGCUUAAUGUUUGAUAUGCUAUCAGGCUACAAAGUAACACAUUGUAAAUUUUAGUUGGCCUUUUUAUUUGUUGAAUAGUUCUUCAUCAUCAUGUUGGUCUCACAUGAAGGUGUGUGCUCGCUUAUUUUGUACGGUUUAAUGUGUUACAUUAAGUAUUAAACAUGAUUCUA